AUAAAAACCUAAACUAUCUUCUUCAUCCUGGCCGACAGCCCCCACCCUCAAUCUUCAUUCUUCUUCUCUCCACGAAGCCGACCGCCGCACGCGCCAUCUCUGCCCGUUCGCCGCCGCUGCCGUCUUACCCAGUCGCCGCCGUCCCGUUCCCAAUCCGCGUGAGGCUAGUUUCGCUGCCGGCCUCGCCUUCACCACCUUUUCCUUUCAGUUUCGCCGCCGGCCCCCCUCCCCCAAUCUCCACCUUCCUUCGUAUCCAGCCAACGACACCGCCCCACCCCUCUCCUCUUCCGAUCAAGCAUCGACGACUGCGUCAACCUGUCAGCCGUGUUCUCCCCUUCGUCCGUCGCGCAGCCAAGCCACCGCCGGCGUCUCUGCUUUUUCCGUUCGCCGCGAGCUCCAGCGCCGUUGGGCACUCAUUCGCCCGCAGCCGAGCCGCCUCCACCUCCCACUCCAAGCCGCACGAGUUUUCCCCUUCUCUUGAGCCAAACCCGAACCAUCCACUUCAGUUCCGAGCCGCUUAAGCCGUCUCCUUUCCGAGCUGAGCCGCCCUGAGUUUUUGGUAAGAGUAUUUUGGUGCCGUUGGAGGAACAACGCUUGAAUCUUGGAGUACACGUUGUGUUUGGAGUGUGGUUUAAGCCUUUGUUGUUUGGGUAGGUUCAUUGGAUUUUAGUUCGAUCAAGGACUUUUAGCUAUCUGGAGGUAAUGGAUUUCCUACUAUUGUGACUCAAUGCUGAGAUUUGCAUGUAUUGACUCAUGGAAAUUAGAGUCUAAUGAUUGCACUUAUUCGACUGCUAUGUAUGCUAUGUAUAAGUAGAAAACAUUAUUGGCCUACAUUUUUACAUGAAUAUAGUUGAUGGGGAUCUGACUGUUAAAGGCAACUUAGUUAUAUUCAUGGAUUGUGUCGUUAACUGAAUAUAGAUGAGGAUGAUAAGACUGACAUGUGUAGAUUGUUUAUUGAUGGGUUGUGCUGUUAUUGAAAUAGUGAUGUCGAUGGAGUAGUGAUGUUUGGUUGUUGUUUAUAGUUUAUUUAUAUUUUUGAGUUAUGCAUAUUAUAGUAGUGAUGUUUGGUUGUUGUUGUUGAUGGAGUAUGGGUUCUUGGACCGUUAUGUGUAGUUUGUUUAGAUUGAUGGGGCGUGUUGUUAAAUGAAUAUAGAUGACGACGAUACGAUUGACAUGUGUAGUUUGGAUACUGUUGGGUUAUGCUGCUAAUGGAGUAGCGAUGUCUGGAUGUUAUGUAUAAUCUGUGCUGGGCUGUGAUGUAGAGUUUGUAUGUUUACUGAUGGAUUGUGUUGUAGACUGAAUAUGGGCGUUAUGCCUAGUUGAGAUUUACUUGUAGUUAUGCUAAUGGUUGGGUUUAGAUGAUGUGAUUGUUAGGUGUAAUUACAUAGCGAUGAUUUGAUUUGUUGACUGGAUUUAGGUAGUGUGACUGUAUUGUGUGGAUUGGUUAGAUGUAUAGUGACUGAUGAUACCUUUGACUAAGCAUAGAUUGUCUGAUUGACUAUAUUAGAGACUGAACUGUUAGUUUGAGCUACGUUGUGAUGUGACUAUUAUAGCCUUUUUUUUAUGUAGUUAGCGAAACUGUUAUAAAAAGCUUUUUAUAGCGUUUUCUUUUCCCCCUAUGGAAAGUUUUUACAACAAUUUUGCGCUAUCGGAAAUAAACUUAUUAUAGCAUUUGUUAUAGCGGUGAAAAAGCUAUGGAAUGUCACGAACUUUCAAUAACAUGGGCUAUGACCGUGUUUUAAAAUGCUGUGGAAAGUAUACAAUAGCGUUCUUUUGGGAUUAGAUUUAUUCUAGCUAGAUAGUUUUCGGAAAAUUAGUUAAUUAGGAUGUUAAGUUGAAUUCAUAGCUAUAUGAUGAAAUUAUAUAUAUUAAAGUUUUGAUAAUGAUUAUAUAUGUAUGGUGAAAGGUUUUAUUUGGUAUAAGUUAUUUAUGUUUGAGUUUUAAGAUUAUAUUUGAUGAAUAUCAUCAUUCAUAUAUAUUUAUGAAACUGUUGCUUAAUCACUGUAUAGGACUACGGGAGCACAAUACAUGAACACAUAUAUACACUACAAGAAUUUUUAGCAAUUCCGAUACUUUUUAUCUUGACGCAUCAUUUUUCAUGAGCAAAACGUGUAUAUGUAUGGGGGAUGUGAUGACACAUGCACGAUUGAAAAUGUUUGUGACAGAGAUUGGCCUUGUUCCAAAGUUUUCGUUUCGCUUCAUAAAAUGAACUAGGGAUAGUACUACUACACAUUGGAAACGCUGCUCUAAAGAGUUCUAACAACAUAUCGAACAACUUGUUACUCCAACCAUUUAUUACCCUAGAUCCAUGUGGCUUCUAUUUGGGUUUCCCACUUUGUUUUUGUUUUGGAAUCAAGAGUUCGAAUGUGUUUAGCACUCUGUCCAGCAAGCUUAAGGACCAUGGCCCUGCAUUCGUGUCAGUUUGGAACCUGUUCAAACACGAACCAACAAGUAAUUAAGUUCUUCCAUUUCAGUUUUGAGCUAAUGGGCAAAAAUGAGUUAAUAAACCUCCUCAAUAUCCUUUGGCAGGGGGUUAGUGUGAACAAGCAACAAGGAAAGGGCUAUAACAACCUUACUAGAAUGAGCAAUAUGAGAUGUCAACAUUGUGCAGGCCCUCUUUCGAAGGAUAUGGAAACAAGUGCUUGGACAAUUCCGCCUCUUAUUAGGGAUAGCUUCUCUAUGAUUGGCUCUGCUGUUGGUGGUACUGCUAGUGCUUUCUAUGGAUUUAACACCGUGAUGCCUGUUGUCCAGAGAUCAGUGAAAGGGCCCAUGUGGUUGCAUUUUCUUAUUGGUGCUCCUCCUGUGAUUGUAUUUUCUUCGGCUUGUGCAGGAAUGACAGGUGGUGCGGUUCCAGCUUUGGCCCAACUUGUUGCUUCAUCUUAUCAUUCGUUAACAUCAUCUUCAAAGGAUGAUAAGAGUCGGGAUUCAAGAUCUUCUUCUACUUUGUAGUGGUAAUGUAUAUAGUGGGGAUUCUUUAUAGUAUAGGUUUAUAUAUACAUAUCUUAUGUUCCGCUUGAGGUUAAGACAAAAGUUUUUAUUUAUUUAUUUAUUCGUGUGCUACAUUCAUUUUCGUUGUGAGCUACACGAUCUCAAGCUGAGUCUUUUUCCAACUUUGAAGAUGUCUCUCUUUAGGUUUUGGCCUCCUCUUAAAAUGAAAUGCAUGGUUCUUGUUAUUAUAGGGGAGGAUUAUCCUUAA